AUGUCGAUCCUCACCACUAGUAGUAGUAACGUGUGGACAGCUGUUGAUCGUAAUCGUCAGCAAGUAGCAGUUGCUGUUGGAGCUACAACUGCCGUAUUUGUUGCUGCCUAUGCACUACGAAGUCUCAUCGGUAGCAGUAAGCGUGCUGGUCCCGUUCUCAAGGAAAUCCCCACACCAAAGCAAAGCUAUCCAUAUGUUGGCCACUUACUAUCGCUGGGAUCGAUGCCUGGACACAAAUUGACGGAAUGGCAAAAGGAGCUAGGCCCUAUUAUCCAAAUCAAAAUGGGCGUACAACGCUGGAUCAUUGUCGAUGACCCGCAAAUCGCACAUGAAAUCUUUGUCAGUAAUGGUGCUAUUGGCUCUGGUCGUCCUUUUGGUUCCUAUAUCUAUCAAGUUUACGCUAUGGGUGGAAAAGGCAUCGUGUUUGCUAAUCCAACAAAGAGUUGGCGGAAUACUCGCAAAGCAGCAUUGACGGUUUUGGCUCCCAAGAUGGUGGAUUCUUUCAACGACAUGAUUGAGUAUGAAGCGGAUACACUUUUAGAACGACUUGUAUCAGCGAGCAAAGAAGAUGGUGGCAUCAAUCCCUUUAAAACUUUACAACUCGCAUCACUCAAUGUCAUCCUCAGCACAUGUUUUGCUCGACGUGCUGAUUCAGUGGACGAUCCUCUCUUUCGUGACAUUGUGCACUAUGUUGACGAGCAUGUUGGAUUUGCAGGAUUGGAGAAUGACUUGCCAUCGUUUUUGCCCAUCUUCCACUGGCUCGAGAAAUUUGGUUCCCAAGCACGCAACAAGAAACAAAAGAGUGACAGGCUUUUGGAAACUCGCAACCGGCUAUUCCGAUACCUCGUGCAACAAGCUCGUAAAACGGAUCAAAAUUGCUUUGUCAAGACAUUGGAUAACAUCAAAGCAGAGCAUGAAUUGGAUGAUGAUGAUAUUAUGGUGAUCAUGAGUGAUCUGGUGAUCGCUGGCACAGACACAACAUCGGUGACACUUGCAUGGUUGUUUGUGAUCCUCGUCAAUCAUCCUCACGUGCAAACCCAAAUCCAACAAGAGAUUGACACAUUCAAGGCACAACAUGAAGGUCGUCUACCUUCCUUUUCCGAAUACACCCAAAUGCCUUAUAUCAUGUCGGUCAUGAAGGAAGGCUUACGUUUUAGACCACCCACCAGCUUUGGCAUGGCACAUGUUAUGGAACAAGAUCUGGUUUGCCGUGAUUAUCUUAUACCCAAGGGAACACCAGUCAUUUGCAAUAUGCAUGGCAUUCAUCUCAACCCAAAUGUUUACUCUGAACCGGAAAAGUUCAUCCCCGAGCGUUUCAUGCAAAACAAAUCAACAAUGGCAGCAUUGAGCAAUGGCAAAUUGGAGCAUCGUGAUCAAUACAACUUUGGCUGGGGAAGACGCCUGUGUCCCGGUACAUACUUGAGUGAAGUGGAGAUGUUUGCGGUGCUCGUGCGCAUCUUUGACAAAUACAACAUCGAAGCAGGAUUGGAUUCGAAUGGAAAACCCCAAUGUCCCGAUAUGGAUAAAUAUGUGAACGCAGGUAUUGUUGUGGUACCAGCACCUUACAAGAUACGCUUCACGCCACGCAAACAACAAUGA